CAUCCCUGCCGAGUUGAUAUGUUCAUUAUGUUCCCAUAUCCUCUUUCAACCCUACCAGGUCCUAUGCAACUAAGACCAUAUCUUUUGCAAGGCUUGCUUGGACAGCUACAUUGAAGAGUGCUCCGGUGGAUUAGAGCGACCAGAGACACUUCAACCCGACAAUGACUCUGUCAGGGAAUCAACGGCAGCGGCAGGAGGCCGUCCACAAGCGAAUUUGCACACGCAAGACACUGAACGGUCCUCGCGCAUGGGUUUGUCCUAUGAAGACAUCGCUCUCGAAUGUCCUGAGUGCAACCGAAGCCAAGACCCAUCCUCACCCCUUCAAUUAUGCGCUGUCCGACCAGCCAAGUUUGUCGAAAGGAUGAUACGAGCACAGCGGAUUCGCUGUCCAACAACGAUGAAUAGAUCCUGUCAAUGGGUUGGAGCCAUCGAGGAUAUGGACCAGCAUCUCGAUGUGUGUAGGUUUGCCAUCGAGCUGCUGUGUCCUCACCAGCAGUACGGAUGCACCUUUAGAGGCGCAGCUUUUGAUAUUGUUGCGCAUCUUUCCUGUUGUCCCUUCUCCUCUCGUGCGAUAGGAAACAUUUCUGAGCGCUCAGAGAGUGCCGAAAGAAACGCCCCUGUCAGCCAACAUACUGUACCAGCGCGUGAACUUCCCUCUCCACCAAAAUCCUCUCCACCAAACCCUCCAAUGGAAGAUGGAGAGCACAAGUGUGGUCAUUUGGAUAAGAGUCAAAGUCAGGAGCAACGAUCCGUGUCAAGGUUUGUGGAAACGGAUGAGCAGUUCGUAGACGUUUUCCGCACGCCACCUCUGCAUACCAUGGACGAAUUCGAGACUGUUGACGAACCACACCCAAUAAAGAUGGAGAGAAUGGAGGCGGACUAUGAUCACGACGCGUUUUCGGAACUUAUGGAGGAUCUGGAGAUGUUGGAUAUGACGAUCUCGCCCACCAAGACGCCGCUACCAGGAGACUGCCAGGAGCAGCAGGUUCAUCCUGAGAAUGAAUUGGUUCCGUCACCCGCGCCUUCAACACGCAGGCGUAGGUUAAUCAUCGAAGAAGAGUCGGAUACUAGCGGCGAGGUCGUGAGCCACCGGCCAGAGCAGGCAGCAGCUGUGGCGAUUGGAAUUUAUUCCGACGAACAACCUGGUCAGGAACGCGUGCGUGUCAAUAGCGAAAGUCGGUCGCCGAAGAGGAAUCGGGUUUUGAUGGACAUCACGACCCCUAUACCCGCACGCAUCAGACGGUCACCACCAGCAUCGAGUCCCGUACCAAGACCAAGAGAAUUUGUGAUACAGACGCAGGCGCAGGAAGCGGGACAAGAUACCGGCGGCGAUCUAUUUGGCAACCACCAAAGUCAGCAGGCCAUGUCAGCAGAGAAGCAAGGUUCCGCUGGAUCACAGCAACAGACACAGCAGGGACUAUCUCAACGAUAUCUUUUGUCACAAAUCCCUGCAAGCUCGCCAGCCGAUCUUCAUGAGAGGGUCUUGCAGUUCCAAGGCCCAUGGCAAUGGCAGGUUCAUCGCGGAAAGGAGGUCCAGUCGCAGACAUCGACAGUUAUCACGUUGACGGACAUCACUUCUGCAGUCGCUGCGAGUGCGCCGACAGUGUCGUCGCCUUCACCGUUGCCCUCACCGAGACCGGUGGUGACAACGGCGCUGGGGACACAACGGAGUUUUGCAGGGUUUUUUGCGCUGCCUCAGCAACCGUCGUUAUACAUGGCAGAACCGUCUGCGUUUUUACCGCUACUCGUCCAUGUCCCACGGUACCUCCGACCACGGCGAAAGAAAAUCCUACGAGGACAGAUUCGCUCGAAGCGUUUGACGCCGAUUGUCCAGACCAACAGGACGCCGCAGGACCAGCUGGGACGAGAAAAGAUGUACAGGGAGAUUUUGAUGAUGGUGACACCGGACAUUACCUCGCCCGAGGAUUCGAUCUCGUCCCACCACAGGAAUUCUGUGCACCCCCCGCCGCCUUCCUCAACGCCACUGUCGUAGUCUAGUCUAGUCUAGUCUAGUCUAGUCUAGUGCAGGCGGGCCCAAUAUAUAGCAGC